GGAGCAAUGCCGCUGCACUCUCUCGACACCUCCUGGGCGCUCUACUGUCCGUGUUAAACAAAUUUCUCACUGUCGGGGCUUCUGUCUUGCUUCUACUAGUUUCCUGUCUUCCGCGUUCCCCGCCAACUCGGUCGCGACUCGCGACGUUCCCCUCUUCCCCCACCUUCGCAAAACCGAGGCCGGCGAUAUGCCCGGUUUGCUGCGAAAGUUGAUCAUCUUCGCCGCCGUCGACGGGCUUGUCAUUCAGUCUCCGGGGAACGGAUGGCGACAUAACGGGAAUGGCGAGUCCUCGUCUAUCAAGAUUGAUUACAAGACCAGCCAAACAUCGUGUCCGGCUGCCGUGUCGGAUGAAAAUGACCGAGACGGAGCCUUGGAAGCAUACGGUUUGGUCGGGCUCCUAUCCGUCGCCUCACACUCGUUCCUCAUCUCCAUAACUCAACGACAGCAAGUGGCCCAGAUACACGGAAAGCCUAUAUAUGCAAUCACCGACGUGGCCAUCAUCCCCACGUCGUCACAGUCAGACGCCCAUCAUGCGAUCGCACAGGCUAAGGAACACCUCAAGGAGGAGACCGGCCAGGACGACAUCGCCUCGGAAGAUAGCAUGUCGGACACCGAGACCGAAGGGGGCGCCACCGAUAUCAGCAGUGUACCAGCCUCUCCGGUCCGAGAAUCAUUCCACACCAGAGGCCAGAGUGUCAGCAGUAUUGCCGAAGACGUUAUUGGCAAGAAAGUUCCGUUCGGGCGUUUCGCGGCCAAUUGGUUGUCGAGGAAGACCCUGGGAUUGCCAGGCCUGGGCACUGUCGGUCAGGAUACGUCGGAUAUCCUGUUGGGCGAUAUGAAGGGCGUCAGCACAAAGCAAGAAUCCUCGGAGGCAUCUAGCAAUGAGCAAGACAAGCCCGCCCCCGCCCCUGAGACGAAGAUCAUUGAUUAUGCAGUGCCCGAGGCGCCAAACACAUCAUCAUCCUCUUCUGACCCGACGGUGGGAUUGCUACCGAAACUCUUGCGGUACACAAAGCUUCUGUUUGCUUCGCAUAAUUUCUUCUUUGCGUAUGAUCAUGACCUGACUAGGCAUGCUGGUGCGCAAGAACCAUCCCGCACGGAUCACUUACCCCUGCACAAGGCAGUAGAUGAGCUGUACUUCUGGAACAAGCAUCUCAUGACCCCAUUCAUAGCGGUCGAUGCUCACAGCUUUGUGCUGCCUCUCAUUCAAGGAUUUGUUGGCCAGCGAGAAUUCACUGUCGCGGCUACCCCUGAGCCUCAACCAGCCGGAGACAAGACAGACGAAGGGCGCGCUGAAGGUGUUAUACUCGGCGAGAAGCAGGAGGCCAGGUUGAUCGACACGGACGCUCAGAAGCGAAACUUUCUUCUUACUUUGAUAUCCCGACGAUCAGUACAGCGACCUGGUGUUCGAUAUCUACGGCGUGGAGUGGACGAUGACGGAAACACCGCCAACUACGUGGAGACAGAGCAAAUUCUCUCGUACCCCGAUUGGGACCCAUCUCGCUCGGUGUAUUCGUACCUGCAAGUGCGCGGGUCGAUUCCCCUGUACUUCUCGCAGUCGCCGUAUACUUUCAAACCGACCCCCGUUCUACACCACUCCGCGGAGACCAACCAGUUUGCCUUCGAGCGGCAUUUCCGGAACUUGAGUCAUCGAUACGGCAAGAUCCAGGCCGUUUCCUUGAUCGACAAACAGGGCGGGGAAUCAAAGCUUGGAGAGCAGUACCAGAAGUUCGCACAGGAACUGAAUGAAUCCGGGGGAAUUGACGGCCAGCCUCUCGGCGUAGAAUGGUUCGACUUUCACACGGAAUGCCGAGGAAUGAAAUUCGAAAACGUGAGCCGACUUGUGGAUCGUCUAGAGAACACUCUGAGCGAAUACGGAGACACGAUAGUCCAAAACCAAACGACGGUACAAAAUCAGACGGGUAUUGUCCGCACCAACUGCAUGGACUGCCUGGACAGGACUGGCGUUGCGCAAUGUGCGUUUGGCCAGUGGGCGCUUGAACGAGAGCUGAAGCAUGAAGGCAUCGCCAUCGAUCUCGGCGGCGAUUCGUCCACCCAAUGGUUUAACACCCUGUGGGCCGACAACGGCGAUGCCAUCUCGAAACAAUACUCCUCGACGGCGGCGCUCAAAGGCGACUACACACGCACUCGGAAGCGUGACUACAGAGGCGCGCUGAAUGACCUGGGCCUCACCCUAUCCCGUUACUACAACAACAUUGUCAACGACUACUUCUCCCAAGCCUGCAUCGACUACCUCCUCGGAUACGUCUCGACGCAAGUGUUCCAGGAGUUCGCCACGGAGAUGCAGACCGCCGACCCGGGAAUCUCGGUGCAGAAGCUGCGCCAAAACGCCAUCGACACCAGCUGCCGCAUCGUGAUCAGCGACGCCUCGGAGGAGUUCCUCGGCGGCUGGGCCAUGCUGACGCCCCGAGAGCCCAACACGCUUCGAACCCUGCCCUUCGAAGAGGCCGUCCUGCUUCUCACCGACGCCGCCAUCUACAGCUGUCGCUUCGACUGGAGCACCGACAAAGUGGUCUCCUUCGAACGCAUCGACCUCCGCUCCAUCGCGCGCAUCAACCACGGCACCUACGUCACCUCGAUCCUGACCGACGCACAGACCGACGAGCGCCGCAACGUCGGCCUCGUCAUCGAGUACCGCGAAGGCGACACGCACGCCCACCGCGUCAACACCCGGUCCCUCCAGAGCAGCGUGGACUCCAAGACCCUCGACGCCCCCGCGGACACCAACCACGAGUGGGACGUACUCUCGUGGUUCAAGGGCUCGUCGCACUCCAAGACGCGCUUCCUCGCCUUCAAGACCCUUCCGCUGUCCAACUCCGUCAUGCAGACCCACAACGGCAACCCCGGCGUGCCCGUCAGCGAAAGGGCUUUUGUGCAGACCAUCUGCGGGGAGAUCGAGCGGGCCAUCUGGGCGGAUGGGAGCCAGAGUCAGAGUCAGAGCGAGGACCCGACCCGUGGGUCCCUCGUCGAGUCGGAGGAUAUCGUGUCCCUGGAGGAUGCCAAGAAGCGCACGGGUUACUUGGAGCAUUUGGUUUAUGAUAUCAAGAAGAUGGUCUGGGCUUAGGAUGGUUGGCAUAAUUGACAUUGGGUAAUGGUUUUUCGGUAUCGGAUUGAUUUCAUGGGAUUUUAUGACUGACUAGAGUGAUAUGUUUUAUGAUUACAUGAUAGAGAUAGUAUUAAUUUGGCAUGUAGCAUGUAGAUACAAGUACAUAGUAACAUAACAUAUACAUAGUCCAU